GGCUGCAGCUGACAUAAAGACGUGCUGAUCUCUGCUUCAGUCCUGCGUGGGUGAAAACCCUCACACUGACUAUCAGCGUCUACGGGAUAAUCUGAACAAGCAGCUCACGUAUGUCAGAUUGGUAUGGUCAACACAUGCUACCAGCGCUUUCCCGGUAAUUCUGUGAGCAUUAAGACGACCACCGUAACAAAGGAAGAGUUUCCCCGGUCAUAAUGGGGGUUGCAGUGUAUAACGUCUCCUCCACCUCAGCCAGGGUGAGCUGGCCAGCGUCUCCCACCUGCGCGGACACUUUCUACAGCGUCAUGUACCACCCCAACUGGAACGACCUGCUCACGGGCUACAAGCGCAAACGUUUCAAGCAUGAGGAGCGGAUCCCCGUCAGUCAGACCAGCAUGCACCUCGCCAAUCUACUCUCGCAGACCGCCUACUUCUUGUGCGUGACGUGUCAGGCAGCCAAUCCGGUGCAGGACCAGUGUCAGAUGUUCAGUACUCUGAGCAAGAGCAGCGAGGGCCACGACGGGGCCGGCUGGGGCCGCGCUGUGGCCAUCUGGCUGACCUGUUCCCUCCUAGUCCUGGUCUGCACCGGCGUCCUGGUGUGGGGGUGUCGUCGUCACACGCGCUCCUCCCCUGGCCGAGCUGCAGGCGACUGCCCGGUGCUGACCAACCCUACCCACCAAAACAUGUCUGAAUGUGGACACCUUUUCACACCCAGAAGGAGCAGCGUCGACCACGUCAAACACAGCACCAUCAUCCAGCCCUCUCUGAUGCCGGAGCAGGUCAGCGGCCAGGGAUGACCCAAGAAUGUGACAGCGGAGGAAGCUCACCAACACGGCUGACCAGCCACUCAGAGUUAACAGGAGGAAGGUCUUGGAAGCAUUCUGCUGCCCAUAAUUAGCACAUUUACCCACUGGAUGGAAAUAUUACUGAUUAUAAGGAACAUGUGGUUUUAAGAGGACCCGUUUAAAACCAUUGCACUGAAGUUUUCAAGUCAGGCCACUUUCAAGAGUGGCUCCAGAGAAUGUACAGUACUGUAAAUAAGGAACUCAUGAAAGUCUUUUUUUUAACCUUUGUGUUCUGGUGAUGCACUAGAUAUUCCCCCAUAUUUAAGUUUUUCCCAUUUGUAUUCUACAGCUAUAUUUGUGGUAAACAUUUCAGUUCAACAUUUGUCUGAAUGCAGCUCGUGGAGUAUAUAAAAUAAAAGAGGAGGUGGGGGUGUAGGAUUGAUCAUGACAGAAAACCCACCUUCGACCCGUACAGAUACUGAGGCUGAGCGUUGGAGGGCUUAUCCCUCUGGAACUCCUGAGAGAACGGCAGGAUGGUGCGCACAAACCUGCACACACAGAGGAGGAGUGUUCAAACAUUUGUCACUGGAAAUGCCAGCGUCAGAUUAGGAGGCUCAUAAAAAGAAGGUGUAAUAGCACCAACAUGUUUAUAUGGGCUGUUUUACUCUCAUGAGCAACCAGCAGCACCGUGAUGCAGACACAACUUCACCUUUUAAAAUUCAAGUGUAAAAACAAAACAUGAACUAAUUUGAAUAUUUAGAAUUAAACCUUUGUAACUUAUAAAACGGGUAAAAGAGUUAAAGAUUUGCCUGGCUGCUACAGCUCAUCUCAAAGAGGGGACAUUAUAGGGGGAAAAGGCUUUUCUGUGCUCAACAGCAAACAUUUGGGUAUCUGAACAAGCAGCCAACACACAACUACAUCCUUAUCUCCACCCAGCUUCACACCACGCUGUGUUUGUGGUAACUCAGAAGUGGGUAGCACAAACCUGCACAGCUGGAAGACGUGGCUGGAGUGGAGCGGCUCACUCCACAUGUCAAGUGAGUGAGCUGAUCCACUCCAGCCACCUAACCCUACAACUCACAUUGGAAAAAAGAAAGACAAAAGUAAUUGACUAAUAUUUUAUAUUCUGACUUGAGAACUAAUCAGCAUCACAUAGCUGAGGUGUGAAUUGGAGGUAUGCUUAAACCCAGAGAAGAGAUGAACUGAGAAAAGGGUUUGAACUAACACACCUGUUGGUAGAGCCAUUGUAGCAGUAGUUGGGCAGGAAGUCGUAAUUCAGCUCCCAGAAGACGUGCAGCGUUAUCCUCCCAUAAGGUGCUGAAACGUUGUGGUUGGCCUCACGAAACAUGGCGUCCAAGCUGUCCAGAGUCAAGAACUUGCUGAGGAGCUUGUGUGUCAGGCGAUUGAUAUCCAGAAGGCCCUCCAGUUCCUUCAGCAAAGUAGAAACACUGUUCACAGCAGCACAAAAGCUAUACAAUUACACAACAGCUGAAUAAAACUGACCAUUAUGGAGGUGAGAUCCUCACUCUCGAAGCGGUUGAUGGCCAGCUCCAGAGACUUCUGGAGAGCUGCUGAAACCCUCUGAGUGAUGAGUCUGUUCAGAUCGAUGGAGCGGCCGAGGAGCUAAGGAACACAAUCAGUAAGAGGAAAUGCUGCAGAAAAGCUAAAUGACGUUUCUGUCAAUAGUAAGAAAUCAAAUGCAUGAUGGGUCGAGAACAAACCUGGACGUGGCGCUGCUUCAGCAGAGUCUCGUAGCGGUUGGAGGGAGGCCAGGGAAUGUUGGCGCCCUGGUUCUUGCAGUCAGCCCUCAAACGCUUGUCAAGCAGAAGACUGAAGGAUUCGAAACACAGAGAGAGAGUGUGUGUGUGUCAGUGUCAUGGUACUUGCAAAAAAUAUCAUUUUAUAAGCUAUUUCAUCCAAAUUUAAGUCCAGUUCAGCAGCGGUUAUUUCCCCAUCAGCCAUACUCCUUAUCCUUGGUUCAUAGUUUUAGCGAACAUGAAGCAUGCUUUAGAAGAAAUUAGAGAAUAUAAAAAAGGUAAAAGAAAUAUUCAAGUAGGUAUGUUUCUAUGAGACUAGACUGGAGCAAGUGAACUAGGUCACAUACUCCCUUGAGCAGGAGGUGUGUAAUAGAGCGAGUAGAGAAAGAAAAUAGCUGAGAACAAUCAAGCAAAACAACAAGUCUUUGUUGCAUAUUUUUUUUUAAAAUGAAGACACAUUUCUCAGUUUGACACAUUGUAAUUAUUUCUAUCAGCUUCUGCAGACCCUGGGCUGGUGUUACUGUCUCAAAGCCCCAUCGGGACCAGUUUACGUGUAGUUUCCUCUACAGAGUAAAGGAAGUUAUUUACAUGGAUGGUAGAGACUGACAAGGCUGUGCAGUUCACUGUCCACUAUGGCAUCUUUUAUCACAAAAAAGCACCUCAACUUUAGUGUUUGACAAGGCUCUGGUAGUCGCUGUAAAAACAGGCAGCAGAAUAGGAGAAUUGAAAACAGAGGUGAUCUAUUUCUGUAUAUUGAUUUGGGAUGGAAGAAAAGGUUUCAAUUGAAGAUAUUAACUGCCAAGCUGACGGACGGUAAGAAAUCUUGGAUGACCUGCCAUCUCUAACUAAAGGAGCAACCCAUUGAAAGUUGCAAACAAAACUUUUUGCAGCUCUGUUUUUUGUUUUAAAAGAUUCUUAUUUGAUUGCAUGUUAUCACCCAAUGACUCUUUCCUCACUUGUAUGUGCUGUACAAU